AUGAGCCAGCAAGACGCACAUCGCAGGAUCCAGCAAAAGCCUUCCCAUACAAAGGGUCUUCUAGAGCCGGCGCUUCAGAAUUGGACGUUUGGCGGUCUACUCCAGCGUCAAGCCGAGCAAUUUCCAAAUAAAAUUGCGGUUUCCUGCCCAGGCACACCCAACCCUAUCACCUAUCGCCAAUUGAACGAUCGUACCAAGCUUCUUGGAGAAGCGCUGAUUGCAAAUGGAAUCUCUGUUGGAGACCGCGUUGGCAUCUUUGCUGGAAAUAUUUUAGAAUAUGUUGAGGUAGUGCUGGCAACCGCGCGCAUUGGAGGAAUCAUCGUCCUGUUGAACACAUUUUAUACAACGGAGGAAAUCAAAAGAGCCCUUCAAUUCACUGGGUGUUCGUUGCUAUUUAUCACCGGGAACCUUGGAAAACGCAGUAUGUCACCAUGCAUCGAUGAACUCAACGAGAUAAUCAAACCCCAGAAAAGCGAGCUUCCAGAUCUUCGAAGCAUCGUUCUUCUCUCCGGACACUACCCGAAUUCAUCCAACCUGCGGUCUUACACAGAUUUUAUCAAAAUUCCACCGAACGGUGCGAAGACCGCUUCUGUUUACCAGUCAAUAGAAACAAAAAUUACUCCGGAGACGGUCUGUAACUUCCAAUUUACCAGUGGCACUACGGGUAUGCCCAAGACGGUGAUGCUCACUCACUUUAAUGUCAUCAAUAAUGGCUUUCUAAUAGGUGCCCGAAUUGGGCUUACUCCAGAUGAUACCAUAUGUUGUCCGUGGCCUUUGUUCCACUCUUCUGGGUUUGUUGUUGGCCUGAUAACAUCACUUUGUCAUGGUGCAACUCUCAUUCUACCGUCACCAAUAUUUGAUCCUGCUGCCACGGCACGAGCACUGAUUUCCGAAAAGUGCACUGGGCUGCAAGGUGUCCCAACAAUGUUUGCUGCCGUGCUUGAGUGGUGCCGUCAACGUGGUACUCAUAUGCCACCGCUUCGAACAGGAAUCAUUGGUGGAUCACCAGUUUCUCCGGCUCUUCUGAGAGAGCUGCAGCACGAAUUUGCCCUGCAAGACCUGGGUAUUGCUUAUGGUAUGACUGAAACCUCGCCACUCAGCUUCCUUUCCAAGGGCUUUGAAUCAGAUGGGACCCACACAUGGAUGGAAAUCUUACCACAUACGACUGCAAAGAUAGUGGAUGCGCAAGGUAUCACUGUUCCCAUCAAAAAACCUGGAGAACUGUGCGUCUCAGGGUAUCUCUUGCAGCGAGGAUACUAUCAGAAUCAGGAAAAGACGGGUGAGGUCAUGCGCGUGCAUGAGGAUGGAGUUCUCUGGAUGCAUACGGGUGAUGAGGCAAUUAUGGAUGAGAAAGGACGGUGUCGGAUCAGCGGCAGGAUCAAGGAUACCAUCAUUCGCGGCGGAGAGAACAUAUAUCCAACAGAGAUCGAGGAUCGCCUGAAUGAGCAUCCGGCAAUCUCGAUGUCAGCGGUGGUGGGUAUACAAGAUGCAAAGUACGGAGAAAUAGUGGCUGCAUUUUUGCAGCUCAAACAUGGCGAGAAUCCCUGUGCAAAGGAACAUAUUUCGGAAUGGGUUCAGCAAACCCUGGGGAAACACAAGGUACCAGCGCUCGUAUUUCACCUUGGUGUCGAUGGCGUUCCUGGUGAUUUCCCCAAGACGGCAAGUGGGAAGAUCAAGAAGGUUGACCUGGUGGCCAUCGGAACACAGCUUGUCCGCAGAGCGGGUAAACUGUAG